CCCAGCCCCGCAAAUCAAAUCCCCAAUUCCAUUCCACUUCCACCGCCGCCGUUGAGUUGAGCGGAGCCAUGAACGAUCUCGACCUCGACGACGCCGCCCUCUGGGCCUCCGUCGACACCGUCGCCGAAGCCUCCCGCCGCGCGCUCCCCAAGCCUCCCUCCCCCGCCAUCCUGUGCCCCGACAACGAUCCCCACCGAGGCGAGGUGCUGCAGCCCGCCCGCCCCUUCAAGCUUCCGCGCCUCACCGCUCACGGCCACGCCACGCCGCCUCCGCCCUCGCCCUCGCCCUCGCAUCCCCCGCCCUACAUGACGCCUGAUGCCUCCAGAAGGUUGAUGGUCGUCCAGAGCCCGCAGCCCGAGCCCGCCUGGGUGAUGGAGCACAACGCAGCAAGUCCCGCUGCCGCCGGUUGCUUCCCGGCGCACGGCCUCUCUCCCUCCUCGUCCGUGGCCAACUUCAAAAAGUACCAGGAGGUAGCCGUCUCGAUUCUAGAUAAAAGCGACUGGACGUUGAUCAGUGGGAAUCCAUACUUAAAGAAAUCAGGGUGGAGAAAACUGUCAUGCUUCUUUAAUAUCUCAUUUGAAAUCAAGGACCACUCCAUUGAAUUUGAUGACAGCCGCAAUGUCAACAGUGCUGCUUUUCUUGUCCGAGCAUCUAUGCAAGGUGGCAGGUUCUCAGAUGGUUGGGGUUCAUGCGAUCGACGAGAGAAAAGAUUUAACAAGCCAAACAAUGAUAUCCCUAGUACAGCUGAAACCAGAGCCAAGAACAAAGCUUGUCAGGAUCUUCUUGGUAUUGGUAAUUACCGUCCAGGAUGAGGAUUGGUCCGAGUUUUGAUUGAGAUACUAAGAGCUCUUCUGGCAAACUGAAGACUGUAACGAGGGGCCAGGGAUAGACGUGAGCCGACGUGGACAUAUGCAGACCGCAGCUCGUUUUGGAUGCUUCGAAAAUAGUGUUGUUCGGUUGACUGGUUUUCUAUGCUAGCUUUUGAUCAGUUUAGUUGUACGUGCGGGAGAGUGGAAUCAGUGCUUGCACAAUGAAUUGGGUUUGGCAAUGACCUGGUUGCACUACAGAUUACCCCAUGAACCGUAUUUGGUUUUGCCUGGGCUGUGUGGUUUUCUGUGCUAGCUUUUGGACCAAUUUAGUUGUAGUACGUAUGGGACAUGACGGGUUUGUCUGAUCGGCAAUACUAUUGCCAACAAGAAUGCCCGGAAGAAAUAUCUGGGGUUCAAGAGAUUAA